AUGGCUACCGCCAACGAAUCUCUCUACUCUCAAUCAUGGGGUCCUCUCGACACCCUCCAGGCCAUCCCGGGCCCGCUCGAGAAGCCGGUGCCGUACUUCAUCACAGCAUUCCUCCUCUUCAUCUUCUACUUCUCCGUCCAGCAGGAGAAGCCGUCGAUCGCGUCAAAUGCGCCGAUGCUGGCACCGAAGCCCAGGUGGGAUUUCACAGGAUUGAAGGUCAAAUAUGAUUUCGCCGUCUUUGGCCGCGCCGUCAUGAUUUGGAGGGCGAGGCAGAAGCCCGACGAGCCGUACCAGGUCAACACCGAGACUGGCGAGUUGACGAUCCUGCCGCCGAUUCCGUACGCCAACGAGAUUCGCAACCACGACGACCUCAGCUUCGACCGUGUGCUCGACAAGAAUUUCCAUGCAUACCUCCCCGGUUUCGAGCCGCUGAGGGAGAAGAACCCGUACAAGCCGGCGCUGAAGCACGUCAUCCGAACGAGACUCACCCAGUUCCUCGCCAAGUUGACGGUCCCGAUGACUGAUGAGACAACAAAGGCCCUCAACGACAUCGUCGGCGAUGACCAAGAAUGGAAGCCCCUCGUCGUCAAGCAAAACAUGGUCAAGAUCGUCGCCCGCGUCUCAACCCGCAUCUUCGGCGGCGAGGAGCUCGCCCGCAACGACAAGUGGCUCAAGAUCACCUCCGAGUACGCGCGCACCGCCUUCUUCGCGUCCGAGCUGCUGCGCAUCUUCCCCAAGUCCAUCCGCUUUGUCGUCCACCAGCUCAACCCCUUCAGCUGGAAGCUGCAGGGCCAGAUGAACGACGCGCGCCGCAUCAUCAACCCCAUCGUGGCGAAGCGCCGCCAGGCCAAGAAGGCCGCCGAGGACGCCGGCGAGGACGAGCCCGAGUACAACGACUGUCUCGAGUGGUGCGAGGAGGCGUCCGAGGAGCCCAUCGCCGACCCUGCCGUCCCGAUGCUUGGGCUUUCGUUUGCCGCUAUUCACACCACCGCCGAUGUUGUUACGCAGUCCAUGAUUGAUCUUGCCCGCAACCCCGAGUACUUCGACGUUCUCCGCAAGGAGAUCGGCGAUGUGAUCCGCACCGAUGGAUGGAACAAGAUGGGCCUGUACAAGAUGAAGGUUCUUGAUUCGUUCCUCAAGGAGGUCCAGCGCAUCAACCCCAUCAGCAUGGCCGCCAUGCACCGCGAAGCCACCAAGCCCGUCACCCUCUCUAACGGCCUCGAGCUCCCCGUUGGCGCGCGCAUCACCGUCAGCUGCCAGCAAAUGUGGAGCUCGCAAGUCUACCCGGAUCCCCAGCGCUUCGACGCCUACCGCUACCUCCGCCUGCGCGAGAGGCUCGGAGCCGGCAACGACGGCGCCGCCCAUUUCGUGUCCACAUCGCCCGAGCAUCUCGGUUUCGGCCACGGCCAGCACGCUUGCCCCGGCCGCUUCUUCGCCGCCAACGAGAUCAAGAUUAUCCUCUGCCACCUCAUCAUGAAGUACGACUGGCGCCUGACGGGCGGUGACUACAAGCCGAAGACAACAACCUUCGGCCUGACCAAUGAGACCGACGCCAAGGCGACGGUCGAGAUCCGGCGGAGGAUGAUUGACGUGAGCCCCAAGGCGUAA